AAAAAACCAAAUUAAUAUAUACAAAUAGAUAAUAUGAAGAGUAGUUUAGUCUACUUUUACAACAAUAAUAAUAAUCUAAUCAACCUCUUAGAAAAUAAGAAACAGUAUGAAAAACAUAAAACAGAGCUUGAUAAUAUUAAAAAGUCUUAAAGCUAUAGCAUUAGCUAAGGCAUAUCUCCUGAAAAAAAAUUUAAUAACUUUCAUGAUUCUAUGAGAGGAGUAUUUACACAAUCGAGGGAAUUUAACUCUCGCUAAAAAAUACAAAAUAUCCUCUAAGACAAUUUAAAAAUUAUUAACAGACUGUAGGAGAUUUCAAAGGGUGAGCCAGAUUCCAUAGCCCGCUUAUUUAUUGAUUAAAAACCUCAUAAACUGAAAAAAAAAAGGAGAACAAAGUCGCGUAUGCUUAGAGAAGAAAUAUAAACUAUAUCUCAGUUAUUAGAGCAGGAAGAAAAAUAGCAAAUGAAUAUCUUUUAACAUUCAAAUACCUAAUGCUCUGGAGAAUAAAGUAGUCAUUAAGAUUUUAUCUAUCCAGAAUAAGAUUAUACUUUUAGUAUGAUAAACAGCACAAAGUAAAGCAAUUCUAAAUAAAAUACAUCUAUUCUUCGUAAAUCGUUGAAUAGUGAAUUUAGAAAGGAAGAAUAACGUUAAAUAGCAUAAUAAAAUAUUAAUUUAAUCAAUAAGAUCGUUAAUGCUCAAUCUAAUAUUAACCACAAAGAAUUUGAAAAAGAUUUUCGUUAAACCUAGAAAUAUAAGAAAAAUGUCAGAAAAUACUCAAAAUCUAGAGCUUAAUUCUUGAAUAAUUACUUGGACACUAAGAUUCUACGUUCAAAUAGCUUUGGAGUAGAGUUAUAAAAAGGUAAAAAAAAAACUAAUUACACAAACAAUUCAUCGUAUCAUUUAUCCCCUCUAGCAAAUUAGUAUAACUAAAGUUAAGAUGAGAGUAUAUGCCCAUAAUUUAAAAAUGAAUUAAUCUAAAUCAAAAUUCUCAAACCAGAAAACUAAAAUGAUCAGCUUGUUACUUCUGAAUUUAACCAAUCUGAUUCUAAUAGCAAAAAUUCUCAUUAUACUUAAAAAAAUAUUUUAGCAAGGACAGAGCCAGAUGAGCAAGAUAAAUUUAAUUUAUAAAAGGAUUUCAAGACUUAAUCAAUUAACGAUUUUAAUUAUAAAAGCAAGAAAAGAUCUCAUUCAUUAAGAAUAGGAGGGAACAUUUGUUUUACUACUCCUGUCAUUCAAUCUAAAAUAUAAUAAUAACAGGAUGAUUAAAUGUAAAAGCCAAUAUCAACAAAAAGCAGCUAAUAAACAACAACCAAGGACUAAUAUAAAUAAAUCUAGAGCAAAUUUAAAGAAUAAACCUUUAAAAGAAACUAAAAUUUAUUUAAGAUAAAACCCCCUAGAUCAGUGUCUGUUAAUUCAAAUAACUAAAUCUAAAAAGAAAAUAUUUUCAUUCAGAAUCAAAUAUCACCAAUAUCUAAUUUUAGGAAUUGUAGAAUACUGUCUCCUCAGGGUUAUAAGUUUAGAUCUCAUAAUUUGCACAUAAAAAGACCUCUUUCCCAGAUAGAUAAUAAUUAAUAAUUAAAUAAAGACAACACAUUAAUAGAUAACAGUUUUAUGAAUCAGAAAUCUCUUUCUUUAAUAGAAUCAGAGUACGAAGAGAAACUAGAGUCCUACAAUGAGGUUGAGUUUAGCAAUUUAAAGAGAGCACAUGAAUAAAAAAAAUAAAUAGAGAAUAAAUAGUUACAAAUUUUAAACUAAAAUUUCUUAACUAAAGAGAACUGGAAAUAAUAAGUGACUCCCAUGUCUUAAAAAAGCAGAGUUUUAAUGAAUAAUUCUAAUAGCAAUAAAUCAGAAGCAAAAUAAGCUAGCUCUACCAAUCCAAAUGUUUAAAAUAAAAAAAAGAAUAAGGAAAAUAUAAGUGAAGAAGAUAAUACCUUAAAAACAAGAGAAACACUUGAAGCGAGCUAUUAAAAUCCCAGCACAUUUUAUUAAACUAAGUAUGAAUAAAAUUAAAAAAGCUAAGGCUCAAAAGAUAGCUAAUUUCAAAAAAGUAAAGAUUUCUAUUUAUAACUAAAUGAUAUAGAUUUAAAGAGCCCAAACUAAAUAUCAUAAACAAGUGGAUUAGAAAUUUAGCAAACAUAAGAAUUUUAGCAAAUGCACAGCUUGGAAGAUAAGGAAAAGUACCUUUUAAUAAAUACCAAACAAAGAUUCUUCAAGCCUCCUAUUUAAAAAGUAUAAUAAUACUAAAUAGAUAACACUUCAUUAAAAGCUCUAAUAAACUACCAUACUGAGCCUAUACCUGAUGUUUUGUUACAAUAAUUUAUGGAUAAAAAUGCAAAUUAGAGUAACAUUAAAGCAACCUAAUAACCAAAAGUAAAAAAAGGACUAAGCAGUACAGUACACAUGAAUGGAAAUUAAAAUUUGUAAUUUAAGAGAGUUACCUCUUAACAAAGUAGAAAAUAAAAUUCUCCUUCCAAGAAAUGA